CUGAACGGCAUUAUUCUGGCCAUAUGUGUUGGAUCAACAGCUGGGAAUGAAAACGGCGUGCUGUGGUUUGUAGUUAUUACUUCCUUAAUGGAGCUUGUUUAUUCGUUCGUCUUUGCUGUAUUAAGUAUUGUAUGUGUAUGGCUUUCGUUUGGAUAUGCGAAUCGACAUCUUGGCGGCACAUCAGCUGGAUAUGUAGCUGCAGGGCUUUUCUCAAUCGUUCAUGCUGCUCUUUACGGGAUCCCAUGUGCCUCCAUAUACGACUCUAUACAAAAUAAUGGUAUCAAUAACCCUGAACGAGGAUUCGAUGUGCAGCCUGCUCAUCCAUUCCGUGAUGCUCCAUAUCAAGAUCUUUAA